AUGGCCACAAUUGAACCCACCAACGCGAUAGGCUAUUCGACCGACCGACCGGCCAUGACCGAAAAAGGUCAGACUGUGCGCCACUUGGUCGAGGCUGAUCUGCUGGAUGAACGUUACGAAACCACAAAGCGAGGACUGAAGAGCCGCCAUGUCCAGCUCAUGGCUUUGGGUGGCACUAUUGGGACUGGAUUGUUCGUAUCCUCUGGCCAGUCCCUGGCUACUGGUGGCCCUGCUUCAUUGCUCCUUGGGUAUAUCUUUAUCUCGGCAGUUGUGUACGGCUUGGUGACUGCGAUCGCUGAGAUCGGGGCUUACCUACCUGUCCAUGGUGGCACUAUGAGCUACCACGGAUUUCGGUAUGUGUCACGAAGUCUGGGAUUCGCCAUGGGAUAUUUGUAUUGGUAUUCGUUGGGGAUCCUGGUUCCGUAUGAGAUCACGGCAGCGGGUCUUGUGAUCGGAUACUGGGAUCCUAACGGGACAGUGAAUAUCGCGGUGUGGAUUUCCAUCAUGAUGGUCGUCAUUAUUGCUUUAAACUUUCUUCCCGUGCGCUUUUACGGAGAAUCAGAAUUUUGGUUCUCAGGAAUCAAGAUUAUCACUUUGGUCGGCCUUCUUAUGGUAUCUUUCAUUCUUUUCUGGGGUGGCGGACCCAAUCGGCAGUUGCUGGGAUUCCAUUAUUGGAAGCAUCCAGGCUCCUUUAACCAAUACCUUGUGCAAGGAGAUGCCGGGCGUUUCGUGGGCUUGUUAAAAUGCACCGUGUCCAGUGCAAUCGCUUUCAUCUUCGCACCCGAAUUGAUCAUCAUCAGUGGCGGAGAAAUGGAAUCACCUCGGCGUAAUGUGCCUCGGGCUGCUCGUCGCUACAUAUAUCGUUUGGUCUUUUUCUACAUCUUCGGGGUUCUAGCCAUUGGUGUAAUCUGCCCUUCCAACGCCGCACGACUCACUCAAGGAGAUGGGACGGUCAAGUCAUCGCCAUUUGUGGUCGGAAUACAAAAUGCAGGAAUUUCAGUUCUUGAUCAUAUUGUGAAUGCGGCAGUGUUGACAUCGGCCUGGUCCGCAGGAAACUCAUUCUUAUACAUGUCAUCAAGGUCCCUAUAUUCCUUGGCGAUGUCCGGCAACGCGCCCAGCAUAUUCAAGUCCUGCAACCGAUGGGGUGUCCCAUAUUACGCAGUCGGUGUCUCGGCCUGUUUCUCAGCAUUGGCCUAUCUGACAGUCGGCACAUCAGGCUCCAUCGUGUUCAACUGGUUUGUGAACUUCACCAAUACUUCUGGUUUCAUCUCGUGGAUCUGUUGCUGUAUCGUAUACUUUCGGUUCCGCAAGGCCGUGUCAGCACAAGGUAUCGAACAGCCAUACCGAUCCCGGCUUCAGCCAUAUGGAGCUUAUUUUGGCAUGGCUGGGUCAACACUCAUGUUGCUCAUCAACGGAUUUACUGUCUUUUUCCCUUCAGAAUGGUCUGUCAGUAACUUUUUCACCGCCUAUGUCGGAAUUCCAGCGUUCUUGGUGCUCUACUUUGGUCACCGCGUUCUAUUUUGGAAUGACCCGUGGGCCUGGCGCCCUGAAGAGGUGGAUAUGCACACGGGACUGCAAGAGAUCAUUGACGCCGAGCUUCCCCCUAGGCCACCGGGACCCUGGUGGAAAUUUUGGUAG